AUUUUCAAUAUGCAAUAUUCUUAUUUACAGUUGAACUGAAAUUAUAAGUAAUAAAGAAGAUAAGUUGAUUUAACAUGGCAGAUGAUAUUUCUGUGAUGGCGGUUUUACCUGCUGGUGGCAGUGGAGAGAGGUUUGGUUCAGAGAUCCCAAAGCAAUUUUUAGAAGUAUGUGGAAAACCGGUCAUAUAUUAUGCAAUUAAAGCUAUGUCAAGUGUUUUAUGGAUUAAAAAAAUUGUAGUGCCGAUCCCGCAAAAGUAUGCUGAUCUUGCGAUGAAGAUAAAACACAAAUACAAUUUCACUAAAGUAGAAUUUAUAAGUGGCAUGGAAACCAGACAUCGUAGUAUUCACGCUGGUGUGAAACAACUAUCUCCUAACAUUAAACCAGAUGAUAUAGUAAUUAUCCAUGAUGCAGUUCGCCCAUUUCUUACACAGGACUUUCUAACUCGGAUAGUUGAUGCAGCAAAAAAUCAUGGGGCGUCGGGUGCUGUGCGAUCAUUAGUCUCGACAAUUGUGAAAUCAACAACUGAUGACUUUUUAGAUGUUUCGCUGGAUAGGCGUGAAUAUCGUGAAAGCCACACACCUCAAGCAUUCAAAUACAAGUUCCUUAAAGAAGCUUAUCAGAAGUGUACGGAAGAUGAUUUCUUGUAUGGAACCGAAUGUCUUCUUCUCGUUCAAAAAUAUUGUAAUAUAUCUGCAAAGCUUGUUGAUGGGCCUGAGUACUUGUGGAAGGUAACCCACCAGAAAGACGUUAUGUUAAUGGAACACUACAUAAAAGAAAAACAAGGCGAAGUUUAAAUUUUUGUUAUUGGUUGUGCUGUGUUAAAGGUUGUCAUGCACCCAUUGUCUUACUAUUGCGCUUAUCAUAUUUACUCAAUUUUUAUUUCAUGUAAUUGUAUAUUUAAUAUAUUUUUAAAAAACUAUCCAUGUAUUUGAUCAAAUCUUCGACUCUGAGCAAGACUCUGCUGUAAGAAAACUUAACUUCAAGUUAAGUUAAUUUGACUUAAUUUCAAGUUAAAAAUUUUUUGGAAAGGGUUUUGUUUAUAGUCACAACUGACGAUAACGUUUUUUGUUCACUUUAUUGGAAUUAAUUUCUGCGAAGUCAACAACAAAAAUUAGCUAAAGUUGGACCAAAGAAGGACUAUGCAUUAAAAACAAAAAUCCUGGAAAGUAUUUACAUUUCGCAGAUAAUGCCACUCGUUAAACUUUGUCGAUGGAGAUUUGACCUCCGCAACUUAUUGAUAUUAUUACUUACGAACUGAUCCCCACAUUGUGACUUCGAACGUUAUAAUCUCGAUAUUGUGAAUUACGAACUCUAAAGUCUCGGUAUUUUAACUUACAAAUUAAACAAUCACAAUUUAUUGACUUACGAACCUUAUAAUCUCGAUAUUUUGACUUAGGAACAUUAUAAUCUCAAUAUUGUCACUUCCGAACUUUAUAAUCUCCAAAUUUUCAGUUAAGAACUUUAUAAUCUUGAUGUUUUAAUUUAAGAACUCUAUUAGUUUGAUAUUGUGACUUACGUACUUAAUAAUCUCCAUAUCGUGACUUAGGAACUUUAUAAUCUCGAUGUUUUAGUUACGAACUUUAUAAUCUCGAUGUUUUAACUUACGAACUUUGUAAGUUUGAUAUUGUGACUUACUUAAUAAUCUCCAUAUCGUGACUUAGGAACUUUAUAAUCUCCAUAUUUUAGUUACGAACUUUAUAAUCUCAAUGUUUUAACCUACGAACUUUGUAAUUUCGAUGUCAUGUGAAUCUAGCACGCACAAUAAAGUGCGGAUAAAACUUGACGACAACAAAAAAUUUUUAUCCGAUUUUCUAUUACAAAGAAGAAAUCCCAUUGCUUCCUGCUCUUUAAUUUUUAUUCUUGUUCAAUCUGUAUCCCAAUUUCUUACAAUGUUACUACGAAACCAUUCGCCCAACAAUGUUACUACGAAACCACUCGCCCAAUAAGAUGGUCCCAGCAACAAUUGCGUCAAUAUUUACGUGUUUUUGACCUAAGCAAAUAAUCAUAGAGAGUUUUAUACUAGAACUUUUAUCCGUCAUUUUUGAAAACAUUCGUUUGUAGUAUUUUAAUGUUGAUCUGUUUUAGAACACUGGUAAUUAGCAAAAUUACAAACCCA